AUGGCUACCCCUAGUGUCCUAGCUUUUGACGCUGAAGGUCGCGCCAUUGAUUUUGAGGUCUGGUUAGACGACCUGCAGCUGUUCUUACAGUGCGACAGGGCUGACAACCUUUCUCUCUUUGACCUCACCUCUGGCGCCUCUCCUGCUCCUGCUGCUGAUGCUGAUCCCACUGUCCGCUCUCAGUGGGCCACCCGCGAUGCUGCUGCACGUCUUGCUGUGCGUCGCCACCUCCCUACCUCUGAGCGUGCGCACUUUAGUCAGUACAAGAGUGCUCAGACCUUGUACGACGCUGUAGUUGCGCGCUACUCCUCCCCUGCCACUGCUGCACUGAGCCGUCUCAUGCUUCCCUACCUCUUUCCUGACCUCUCUGCCUUUCCCACUGUUGCUGACCUCAUUACGCACCUCCGCACUAGUGACACUCGCUACCGCGCCGCCCUUCCUGCUGAGUUCUGCGCUAAGAACCCACCCCCCAUGUACAUCGCUCUCUACUACGUAGUCGCGCGCCUCCCUGACUCCCUUCGCGUCGUCAGGGACCACUUUCUCGCAGUCUGUCCCACCACCCUCACCGUCGACCUCCUCGAGAAGGCCCUCCUCGCAGCGGAGAAGAGCAUAGUCGCUGUAGGUGCUUCUCGUGGUGACCCUCGCACCCCCAUCUUUGAGGGGUUCUCUCCUUCAGACGGUGGUGGUGGUGGCAGCGGUGGUGGAGGAGGCAGCGGCGGAGGUGGAGGCGGCGGAGGUGGAGGCGGUGGAGGCGGCAGCGGAGGAGGCGGUGGUGGUGGAGGAGGUGGAGCUGGUCGGGGUGGUACCCAACAGCGUAGCGGCGGUGGUGGUGGCCAGCGCUCGCAGCGGCAGCAGCAGCAGCGCUCGCGGGACAUCCCUCCGCCUCAGCAGCUUCGUGAGUGGUACGCUGGGCGUCAGAGGGGUGGGGGUACUGGUCCCUGCACCUACGUUCUUCGUUCCAGCGACCGCGCGGGUGAGCCGUGUGGGGGUGCCCACGCCACCCAGCGCUGCUUUGGCCGCCUGACGGACGCUUGGCGUCAGCAGUUCCCUGGGGCUAGUGAGAUCCCUCGCUGGGAUGAGCUUCUAAGGGCUGGUGUAGCGAUCUUUGAUCUUGAUUUUGAUGCUAUCCUUGCUGCUAUGUAUGCUGUGGAUUAUAGUGAGGAGAAUGAGGGUUACCGGUGUUUCCAGCCCGACCCGGGCAUUGGUACUGCUGCGCUAGGUGCUUGUGAGGCUGCUGCUCUAGGUGCCAGUGCGUCUGUGCUCUCAGGUACUGGUGAGACUGCGCUCUCAGGUACUGCGUCGUCCUCGUCCUCCCUCACUUUCACACUUGACUCCGGGGCUUCUCGCUCCUUCUUUCGAGACCGCACUACCCUUACGCCGCUCGGCCGGCCGGUUGCGGUCUCCCUUGCUGACCCCUCUGGGGGUCUUGUCCUGUCUCACUUCUCCACUGUCCUCCCGUGUCCGGCUGCCCCUUCGGGCACCCUGUCUGGUCUGUACCUUCCGUCAUUCUCUACGAACUUGGUGAGUGGAGCGGACUUGCAGGAUGUGGGGGUUCACCAGUUCACUCCUGCGAGUCAGCGGGUGGCUGCGUCGGGUCAGGUGCUUGCUGCUGCGUCCCGGUCAGGUCCUGAGUCUGCCCCCUGUUCUUGUCGCCUCCUGUCUCACGAGACUCUCCUGUGGCACCACCGUCUUGGCCACCCCUCCUUGUGA